AUGUCGUUGCCGGAGGACAUCUAUGGCGGUGGACCACAGGAUACGCUGGUCCGCUACUGGCUGUCGACGACGAUUACCCGAGAUAUGGCCGAAAUCAGCCUCUGCACACCCCGUCUCGCGGAUCCAGGCUCCUUCAUCUUGCGCCGCUCUACCACAAGCUCUGGCAACUACGCCAUCUCUGUCAUGGAAAAGGAUGGCCAGAUCCGCCACUAUCAAGUCACAGAUCUCGGCAUGGGUCAGGUUGGUCUGGUGACGGGACAAGCUUUUGACAAUCUAGAGGAGCUUCUGCUUUUUUUCUACGAGCAGCCCUUCCCGGAUGGCGUUGGCCCCCGUACCCCCUUGACCAUCAUGCACCAAGAUCUAGUCGGCGUCGAGUUGGGAUUUGAAGAGUACGAGCAAAUGGUGGCACCCAUGCCUCAGACGCUCCUUUCCAUCCCGCCCCGCUUCUCGCCGCUUCUUCCGAAGCAACGAGGCUCUCUCACUUUGGACUGCUUUGCGCUGAAGGAAAAUCGUCACUCCCCUUUGUUCUCGCCCGCCUGCUCAGGCGUGUUGGCCCAUUGGCUUCUUGCCUUUGUCGCUUGA